CUGGCAGCUCCGGAGCCGACGGUACGGGUGCUGCUGCUGCUGUUGUCAUGGGCCGGCGUGGCGGUGGCGGCGGCAGUGGCGCCGGCGGCCUCGAGGCCUCGUCAGGCGGUGCCAACCUGAGCGGCGGCGGUGGCGGGAGCGCCGGAGGAUCUUGGAAUGCAUCUGAGCACGUGCUGAACGGCUCCGAAACCAUGUCUGCAACGGACACCGUAACGCCGCCCGCCUCCUCCUGGCUCACGUACGGCUCCCUGGACCUUGGGGGUUCCUCUCUCGAGAUGGUGUACUGCUCCGAGUCCUCCUCGCGGCGCGACUGGCUGCGGCACCUGCAGCGGCGGCCGCUGACACUGGCGGCAGAUGACACGUCCCCGCUGAGCGACCACGAAGACCCACCGCAGCAGCGCCGGGCCCAUCAUCAUCAUCAUCAGCAGGAACAGGUACAGGACCUGACAGAACAGGAGCAGCAGCGGCACCCACAGCAGCGGCAGCUCCUGCUGCACCAUGCCCACGCCGCGCUGCAGGCCCACCACGCCACGCUGCAGGCCCAACACCUGCAGCAGCACCACACGAGCCAACAUCAACAACACCAGCAGCUGCAGCGGCAAGGGCAGGAGUUGCAUGAGCAGCAGGAGCACCACCAGCAGGCGGCGGCGGGCGGCGGGGAGCUCCCGCGGCGGCGGCACACACGCCAGCGGCAGCAGCAACAACACCAGGCAGCCCUGCAGCCCCAGCCCCAGCGUGAGGGCCCCUUGCAGGCAGUAGCAGCAGCCACUGCGUCCCCCCCAGCGCUGCCCGGCCGCAGUCUGGUUCUGGGCUCGCGGCACUUCCAGCUGCGCACGCACACCUUCCAGCGAUACGGACUCAACGACGCCUUCGACCGCUCCGUCAGCCUGCUGCUGCUG